UGAUCCGUCAUGGUUAGCCGUUAGAUGUUAAUUGCACGAAAAGGUUUUAAAAUAGUGGCAGGUUGGAAGUGUUCUAUAAAGAAUUAUGGCGGCAAAGGAGCCUGAUACUAUCGACGAUGGUAUCGCCGAGCCCGGUAUCGAACCAGGUGCUUCUGCAGAAACGAUGCUCGUCACCACUGACAGUUUUGAGGAGUACGAGCAAGAGAUGAGUAAUAGCAUCGACGAUAGACAGAUGAAGGAAAGCACAACGAGUACCAUUUCUGAGAUUCAAGAAGAUGCGCAAAACAUUCCAACGACACCGACCGUAACAGAUCUACGAGAUAUUCAGAAAACAACUUCUCUAGACGAUUCCGAAUUAGAUGAUGUUGCCCAUAGACUAGGGCAGAGCAACUUAGAUUCAGAUCCUUUACGUUGCAAGGCAUGGCUGGCCCAAAGGAAGCAUAUAUUUAUAUUGAGUCAAGCUGGGAAACCCAUAUACUCUAGAUAUAGUUCUGAAGAUAAAUUAGUCACAGUAAUGGGUGUCAUGCAGGCUUUAGUUUCAUUUAUCCAAGCUGGCAGUGAUAUGAUUAGAUCUGUCCACGCUGGAGAUACCAAUUUUGUAUUUGUUGUCAAAGGUCCACUGAUUUUAGUUGCAGUCUCAAAAACACUUGAAAGCAUACCUCAACUUACGUUACAGUUAACAUAUGUAUAUAAUCAGAUAGUCUCUGUGUUAACACAGUCACAGUUAACCAGAGUGUACGAUCAGCGUAGGAAUUUCGAUUUGAGGAGACUCUUAACUGGUAGUGAAAGACUGAUAGAUCAUUUAUUAAAUUUUAUGGAUAGGGAACCAGCAUUUUUUCUGGGAGCUAUUAAAUGUUUACCCUUACUUCCUUCGAUGCGGAGUUCCAUUACACAGACUAUUAUUCAAACAUGUUGUAAAAUUAAGAAUUUAGUGUUUGCAAUACUUCUAGCUAAUAAUCAACUGGUAACGUUAGUCAGAAUGAACAAAUUCUUUUUACAUCCGGUGGACUUGCAUAUAAUACAGAAUUUGGUCGACAGUUCAGAAUCACUUAAAACAGCCGAGAGCUGGACACCGAUAUGUUUGCCGAAAUUCGACGCCAAUGGUUAUAUGCACGGGCAUGUGUCAUAUUUAGCUGAGGAUUGUCAGGCAUGUCUGCUGCUGCUCACCGUCGACAGAGAUGUAUUUUUUGUACUGUCUGAAGCCAAACAAAAAAUUGUAGAAAAAUUAAGGCGGACGAACUGUUUGGAGGCAAUCAACGAGUCCAUGAAUAAGCCACCGGUUACAACGGCUGAUAUUGGAUUGCCGGAAAUGAGACACGUUUUGUAUAAAUGUAGAAGUACAGCCCAAUUUUGGAGUCCUGGACUUCAGCCACCAUAUACAACGGACGACGAAAUAGAACGACUGCUGGGUCUUUAUCAGUGUUUACACCACAGACUACACGCACCCAAUCGACCACUGAAGCUUAUAUUCCAACAAUUAGAUAAGGAGACCAUGUUGGCAUGGGUAACGUUAGGUUUCGAACUAUAUGUUACAUUCGAACCACUGGUAACUAAACCUGACGCCAUCGAGGCAGUGAGUAAAUUGUUAAAGUGGAUAAAAAAGGAAGAAGAAAAAUUAUUUAUUUUAAAUUCGCCAACGUUUUAA